AUGUGCUGCGGUUUGAGAGGGAUCCGAGGGGGUAAACUGAUGAUCACAAACGCCCGGAAAAGCGACGCGGGAAAGUACGUGUGUGUGGGCACGAACAUGGUGGGCGAGCGCGAGAGCGAGGUGGCCGAGCUCACCGUGCUGGAGAGGCCCAGUUUCGUGAAGCGGCCGAGCAGUCAGGUGGUGCUGGUGGAGCAGAGUGUGGAGUUCCACUGUGAGGCCAGAGGAGACCCUGUCCCCACCGUGCGCUGGAGGAAGGACGACGGAGAUCUGCCCAAGGGGAGGUUUGAGAUCCGGGAGGACCACACUCUGAAGCUGCGCAGACUCAGCCCUGCAGACGUGGGCUCCUACACCUGCCUGGCGGAGAACAUGGUGGGCAAGGCAGAGGCGUCGGCUUCGCUCACCGUGCACGUGUAUGAUCUGGGUUUGUCCCUGAACCCCUGGAUCUCUCUGGGUUUGUCCCUGAACCCCUGGAUCUCUCUGGGUUUGUCCCUGAACCCCUGGAUCUCUCUGGGUUUGUCCCUGUACCCCUGGACCUCUCUGGACGUCUCUGGGUUUGUCCCUGUACGUCUGGACCUCUCUGGGUGUGUCCUGUACCCCUGGACCUCUCUGGGUUUGUCCCUGUACCCCUGGACCUCUCUGGGUUUGUCCCUGUACCCCUGGACCUCUCCUGGUUUGUCUCUGUACCCCUGGACCUCUCUGGGUGUGCCCUGUACCCCUGGACCUCUCUGGGUUUGUCCCUGUACCCCUGGACACCUCUGGGUUUGUCCCUGUACCCCUGGACCUCCUGGGUGUGCCCUGUACCCCUGGACCUCUCUGGGUUUGUCCCUGUACCCCUGGACACCUCUGGACGUCUCUGGGUUUGUCCCUGUACCUCUGGACCUCUCUGGGUUUGUCUCUGUACCCCUGGACCUCUCUGGGUUUGUCCCUGUACCUCUGGACCUCUCUGGGUUUGUCCCUGUACCCCUGGACCUCUCUGGGUUUGUCCUGUACCUCUGGACCUCUCUGGGUUUGUCCCUGUACCCCUGGACCUCUCUGGGUUUGUCCUGUACCCCUGGACACCUCUGGGUUUGUCCUGUACCCCCGGACGUCCCUGGGUUUGUCUCUGUACCCCUGGACCUCUCUGGGUUUGUCUCUGUACCCCUGGACCUCUCUGGGUUUUUCCUUGUACCCCUGGACCUCUCUGGGUUUGUCCUUGUACCCCUGGACCUCUCUGGGUUUGUCCUUGUACCCCUGGACCUCUCUGGGUUUGUCCUUGUACCCCUGGACGUCCCCCCGUCCACAGUGAGACGCAGCUCUAUGAUGAAAGCUGCAGGGAUCAGAGCCAACGCAGUCGAUGUCUCGGGUCAAUACUCUUCCCUGGACUUCAGACGCUCUGACUGA